AUGACUUCUAUUGAUAGCAAAGAGAAUGAUAAAAGAGAUGAAUUGUCAGAAAAUCCAAAAGAAUCGUUAAAUGCUCAAGUUAUUGCACCAGGAAUCGUAAGGAAUAUCAAAAAUGAAGUAAUCACAGGUUUUUACAUUAAUAUUGGUCUUUAUCCAUUGAUACUUAUUUAUUUUAUUGUAACAUUUAUUUAUAUAACCAGAAAUGUUGUGCCAUACCAAUUUAUUGACGAAAAAUUUCAUAUAAAUCAGACUAUUACAUAUUUGAAUGGUAAUUGGAGGCAAUGGGAUUCAAAGAUUACUACACCACCAGGAUUAUAUGUCCUUGGUUGGGUUUUCCAUAGCACGAUUAAACCAAUAUUUAAAUCAUGGAGUACUCUGACAAUAUUGAGAUUAGUUAAUCUGAUAGGUGGUAUUUUCGUUUUACCUUUGGUCGUAUUGCGACCAUUAUUUCUCUUUAAUGCCAUCGGGUUUUGGCCAGUGACAUUAACCUGUUUCCCAUUAAUGGUAACUUACUAUUAUAUAUAUUAUACAGAUAUUUGGUCCACUAUUUUCAUUCUAGAAUCGCUAUCUUUAGUAUUAGCAUUGCCUUUUGGUAAUGCUAAGAGUCUUUGGGCCAGUGCUCUAUGUGCUACCAUAAGUUGUCUGUUUAGACAAACCAACAUUAUAUGGUCUGGAUUUAUAAUGAUCCUUGCUAUUGAAAGAAGAGCGAUGAUAGCUAAACAAUUUACUGAUCAGACUCUAAACAAUUAUUUGAAGUUAUUUAUAUUUUCAAUUGAAGAAUUUAAAUCUUUGGUACUUCCUUACUUCAUUAAUUUUUUUUUGUUUUUCAUCUAUUUGAUUUGGAAUAGAUCCAUUACUUUAGGUGAUAAAUCUAAUCAUUCAUUGUCCAUCCAUGGAGUUCAAUUUUUUUAUAUGACAUUUUUUCUAUUAUUGUUUAGUGUGCCCAUCUGGUGUUCUAAAAAUUUCCUCAGAUCUUAUAAGUUGAGAUGUCAAUUAAGACCUGUUAAAACAUUUUGGGAAAUCGUGGGGAUCACGUUAAUUAUUAGAUAUUUCACUAAAGUCCAUCCAUUCCUUCUAUCAGACAAUAGACACUAUACAUUUUAUUUGUUUAGAAGGCUAAUUGGUAAUUCUCGUAAACUUAUCAAAUAUGGUCUUAUGGCUCCAAUAUAUCAUUUUUCUACUUUCGUUUAUAUGGAGUUAAUGAGACCCAAUGAAUUGACAUUCCAUGCAAUAAUACCUAUACCAAUAAAGGAAACAAUUCAUCUACCCGUACAAUUAACUCACAUAUCAUGGACCGCGCUUCUGUUAUGUACUUUUUUAACAAUUAUUCCAUCACCUUUAUUCGAACCAAGGUAUUAUAUUUUACCUUAUUUCUUUUGGAGAAUUUUUAUUACGUGUAAUGCUGAACCUAUCUUCCAAGAUUUGAAACCUUCAAUAAACUCGAAUGAAUCACCAAUUGUAAUUAGUUCUACCGGAAGAUUGAUAUGGGAAUUCCUGUGGUUUAUGUUAAUCAACAUUGUUAUGUUGAUUAUUUUUAUUAAAUAUACUUUUACAUGGGUGGAUGAACCCUUUUUACAAAGAAUUAUUUGGUAG